AUGGCAUACCUAAAUGAUGACGAUAUUGAGAAUGAGCUGGAGCAAAUGUUUGGGUUUCUUGAUAAUCCAGACGAAUCGGAAGAUGAGUACGAGGGCGAAGAUAGCCUAGAAAUAGGUUUAGGUAUACGUGCGAUGUCGGAGGAUCCCAAUAUUAUUCAAAAUCAAGGAAAUCCAGUGCCUGGACCAUCAAGACGCAGUCCUGUGAGUUUCCUUUCUUCUAGUGAUGGUGAAAUGAGAGAAAAUAUUGAUCCUAAUAUAGGAGUACCUAAUAUUGAAACCAUUCUAUUCGAAUCCAUUGUAUUCAUUUCUAAUCCAACAGAUUCCACUACAUUCCUAGUUAGAUGUAGCUACAGAAAUCUAAAUAUACCUUGUCGCCGCACAUGUGACUCGUAG